AUGUCAAGUCGAGCGUGGCAGGUGGCGGCGGCGACCGCGGCGCUGGCGGCCGUGCCGCUUGCGUGCUGGCAGUACGAGCGAUACGUUGAGCUGAAGGAGCGACGCGAGUCUAUUAAACUGCUGAGGAAGGUGGAACUCAUUGCGACGGAGGUGGCAGUGCGUCUGAUGCAUCUGGAGAACCAGGCGAAGGAAUUGGUCGAGUACGAGGCCAGGAAGGCUGCUGGAGAGACCGAGGAGGAGGAGGACCCGGCUGCCAACUCGACGUUGAACUCAUACUACCACUUCGACUCGCAGGGCAACAAGCUCAAGACAAAGUGGGACUCGUACAACGUGGACGCAGAGCUAGAGCGACUGGAGAAGGAAGAGCGAGGCGAAGAAGUGUCGGGAACUGCAGCUCAACCGAAGAAGCCUGCACGGAAGGUGCCGCAGCUCACUCGGUCAAAGGCACUCGCCACUUCCCAAGGCAUCGAGCACGAGUUCGAGGCCGUGCUGUCGUUCUUGGACGACGUCCGCGGCGACGACGAGGUCAAGCAGCUGCGCAAGGCCAUCGCCAACAAGGUCACCAACGAGUACUUCGCCCGCAUUGACGCUAUUCAGUCCAUGCUCGCUACAAGCUGCGCACAUAAGCAUGGGACGCAGCUCGAGUCCUCGCCGUCGGUACCGGACUCCGUCGCCCCGACGCAGUCGCAGCCGAAGCCGCAGCGCGCCCAGAGAAUCAAGACGCCGUCGCAGCCGCAGCAGCAGUCGGCGCCCGCGUUCUCGCUCUCGUUCCCCUCGUAG